GUGGAACCCAACACUCCACCAGGACGCAUUCCAUCUAACACCAGAUCGGCAUGAGUGGACGACGCUCGCGAAGUCGCUCUCCUCGACGAGGAGGGUAUUCUCCAUCACGCUCCCCACCCCGUCGUCAAGAUGAUCGUGGAGGUGGCGGUGGUUAUGGACGUGACGACCGUGGAGGCGGCAGAGGUUAUGGACGCGACGACCGAGGUGGCGGGUAUGGCGGAAGCGGCAGUGGAUAUGGUGACCGAGGUGGUGGCGGUGGCUACGGUGGUCGCGGUGGAGGUCGUGACGGUGGUCGUGGAGGCGGCGGUGCUCCCUUUGGCGGUGGUCGCGGUGGUGGCCGAGGCGGGGGAGGAAAUGUCUCAUACGGACCAGUGCCGACCCCGGUGCGCUCGACGCUCUUGGUUCCAACGCAAGAAUCGCAAUUCCCGUGCCGUCCAGCGUUUGGAGACGUAGGACGCGCAAUUGUCGUGUGGGCGAACCAUUUCCAGGUGGAUUUGAAUCCAAACCAAGGCGACAUUUUCCACUACGACGUGAUGUUUUGCAACAAGGGAGACACCCCGUUGCAGGCCGUGCCGAACAAGGAACUGUGCGUCCGCGUGUUGAAGGCGCUGAUAAAUACGCUCAAGGACGAAUUCCCGGCGAUAACGGUCGUAUCGGAUGCGCGCCGGAGCAUCUACGCUUCAGCGGAGCUGCCGUUCAACAACCGAAUGAUCCCGGUCCGUGAGGUGUUUGAGACAGGCAAAUCGAAGGAAUGGGACGUGUACGUCAAGGCAGUAGACCCAGUGGCCAUUCCCAUGGACCGUGUGCUCGAAUUCUUUGCCGGUCGCAUCAACUUCACGCCGUAUGACGCGAUCAUGGCCCUCGACAUUGCGUUGCGCGCGACGGCAAACGAUCGCUUUGUGUCGGUGGGCCGCAAUUUUUUCGGUCAGUCAGGCAAGAUGAAUCUGCCCGAAGGCGCGGAUCUAUGGUUUGGGUACCACCAGAGUCUUCGCCCGACGCAAACUCGUCUCACGUUGAACGUCGACAUGGCUGCCACGACCUUCAUCAAGAAGGCAAAUCUGGUUGAUUAUAUCGCGGAAGCGGCGUUUGGCGGCCGGGGUGUCAACUUCGAAGACCCCACAGCAUUGAAAGCAGCUCAUCGUGUGGUGAAAGGUGUGCGCGUCUGCGUGACCCAUCGCGGCGGUUUGAAGCAAGAGUUCAAAGUGAACGGCCUCACGGCAACUCCAGCGAGCGCCACAUUUUUUGCAGACCUUGAAGGCAACCAGCAGUCUGUGGCAGCGUACUUUGAGUCCAAAUACUACCGCCUCAAGCACCCUGAAUGGCCGUGUGUCCAGACAGGGUCGAAGAACAAGCCUCAGCAUCUCCCGCUUGAAGUGUGCGUCACUACAGGCACCCAAAAGUCCAUCCGCAAGGAAACGCCGAAUCAAGUCGCCGCCAUGAUCAAGCAGACAUGCACGCCACCCGACGAUCGCCGCCGCAAAAUUGAAACGCAGGUUGCGAACGCGCAUUUUGAAUCCGACUCUUGCUUGUCAGCGUUUGGGUUGACGGUGAGCUCGACCAUGCUUGCUGUGGAAGCACGCCAGCUCCCCGACCCCGAGCUCGUGUACUCGAACCAGAGUUACGAACGCCCUCGCGAAGGUACAUGGAACCUCCGUGGCAAGGGGUUCUACGAAGGCAUGGACCUGGACAGCUUUGCUAUUAUCAACCUCGGCGACCAGCGCGAAGAGCGCAACAUUGCAGGGUUUUUCCGAAAGCUCGUCGACCAACUUGGUGCACUCAACAUGCGCGGGCCCCGCGGACCGGUGCCGGACGUCAUCUCGCGCCACCGCAAUCAGUCGGUCGAGGAUGUGUUUGCCGAUGCCGUCAGGUACGCCGAAAAGACGUACGGCAUGCCUCCAAAAGUUGUCUUUUGCGUCAACGGGAACGGAGACACGACCAACUACGCGGACCUGAAGCGCGCAAGCGACAUCAACUUUGGCAUUCCUUCGCAGUGCAUGCUCCAGCGCCACAUUGGGAAGGCGAGCCCCCAGUACAUUGCCAACAUUAUGAUGAAAGUCAACAUGAAGCUGGGCGGACGCAACGUGAUUUGCCGAGGCGACUUGCCCAAGAUAUCGGAGCGGCCGACAAUCAUCCUCGGCUGCGACGUGACCCACCCUGUGUCGAUCGAUAAGUCGAAGCCGUCGAUCGCGUCGGUGGUGGCCACGAUGGACCGAUUUGCAUCGCACCAUGCUGCGUGCGUGCGGAAGCAGGGCCACCGCGUCGAGCACAUUGAAGAUCUUGCUGGCAUUACCCACGAGCUCUUGCGCCGAUUUUACCAAGCGACGCACGUGAAGCCGGAGCGAAUUUUGAUUUACCGUGACGGGAUCUCGGAAGGGCAGUUUUCCAACAUUUUGAAGAAGGAAGUCGGGCUCAUCCGCCAGGCGUGCAAGACACUUGAGGAAGACUACCAGCCAGCCAUCACGUACGUCGUCGUGCAGAAGCGCCACCACACGCGCAUCUUCCCGACGGCCGCGAUGGACGCGGACCGCAGCGGCAACUGCAAAGCUGGCACGGUUGUCGACACGGGGAUUUGCCACCCCACCGAACACGACUUCUACUUGAUGAGUCACUCGGGCCUCCAAGGAUGCAGUCGGCCAGCGCACUACCACGUCCUCCUGGACGAGAUUCAAUUUGGUCCGAACGAGCUCCAAAUGCUCACGUACCAUUUGUGCUACACGUUUGCGCGGUGCACUCGCGCCGUGUCGGUCGUUCCUGCCUGUUACUAUUCGCAUCUGGUCGCCGAGCGCUCGCGGUUCUUUCUCAACGACAGCAGCGACGGCGGCUCGACCGUUGACGGCAAUUUCGUCGAGUCAACUGGCGUCAUGCUUGAAGUGCACCGGAACCUGGCCAAUGUCAUGUAUUACUUGUGAGCAUGACUUGCAUCGCUAGCUGUCUGGAGGUCCUAGCACUUGCCUAACCCUGCAAUGAAUGGAAAAAAUACGUUGGGUGUGCA